AUGUGCGUCAUACCCUCCUCCCGGAUGCAGAUCGGACAGAUAGAUCGGUGAUCCAUACUGCCUAAUUGUGCGGCUGGUGUUUUCAGGGCGUGUCAUCAUCUGUACAUAAAGACUCUGCCUCUUCACAGAGAAGUCACUCCUGAACUGCAGCGUCUGACUACACAAUGGAAUCAUCAAACGCUCUGACUGAGGCCAACACCACCUUCUGUCUGGAUCUGUUCAAACAGCUGAGUGAUAAAGACAAGACGGCAAAUGUCUUCUUCUCUCCUUUCAGCAUCUCCUCAGCUCUAGCUAUGGUGAUGCUGGGAACCAGAGGCAACACAGCCGUGCAGAUGUCAAAGGUCCUCGGCUUUCCUGGGGCAGAAGAAGUACAACUGGUGCAGCAGCAGAAGCAGAGUGUAAAACCCCAGGCCUGUAAGGACGAUCUCCACGCUGACUUCAGCCAACUACUGACAGAGCUCAACAAGCCAGAUGCUAAGUACAAACUCAGUGUUGCCAACAAGCUGUAUGGGGAGCAGACCUACCAGUUUGUUGAGGAUUUCUUAAAACAUACCAAGAAGCACUACAACGCAGAGCUGAAAGCUGUGGACUUCAAAAACAACCAUGAGGCAGCAAGAGUCGACAUCAACACCUGGGUGGAGAAUCAGACACAAGGUAAAAUUAAGGAUUUGCUGGCUAAAGGUACGGUAGAUCAGUUGUCCAAGCUGGUGCUGGUCAAUGCCAUCUACUUCAAAGGCAACUGGCUCAAGCAGUUUGAGGAGAGUGAAACAACAGAUGCUCAGUUCAGGGUCAACAAGAACGAAACCAAGCCAGUGAAGAUGAUGCACCAUGACGAGACAUUCAGAUAUUACGCUGAUGCCGAAUUCAACUUCCAGAUCCUGGAGUUGCCUUACAAAGAGAGAGAGCUCAGUCUGCUCAUCUUUCUACCCAUGGAUAUAGAGGACAAUUCAACUGGCCUGGAGAAGCUGGAGAAGGAGCUGACCUAUGACAACUUUAUGAGAUGGACUGGCUUCAUGGCUGGGUAUGAUGUCAAGGUGAGUCUGCCUCGGUUCAAGAUGGAGGAGAAGUAUGACAUGAAGGAUGUCCUGGUCAGCAUGGGCAUGGUGGAUGCCUUCAAUAUGGAUAUGAGUGACUUCUCAGGCAUGUCUUCUACCAAUGAGCUGGUCCUGUCAAAGGUUGUCCACAAGGCUUUUGUGGACGUAAAUGAGGAGGGAACUGAGGCUGCUGCAGCCACUGCUGCCAUCAUGAUGCUGGGUUGUGCGCUAAAGCCCAGAGCCACUUUUGUCGCAGACCAUCCCUUCCUCUUUUUCAUCCGCCAUAACAAGUCCAGGAGCAUUCUGUUUGCUGGCCGCUUCUGCUCCCCUAACUGAGCACUACAUUGUUUAAUCUGAGUUUUAAUAUGGGUUUUUACAACAAACUAAUUCUCAACUUUGUGAUGGGCGUGCUGUACCUGUGACAUCUGUAUGACUAUGUUGCAUCACCAUAAAUAAGUGGAAAUAAAUGGAAAAAUGAAUACAAAA